AUGAUCCCUAUAUUUCCAAGAUUAACCGGUGUGAUGAGACCUAAUCUUGUCUCUCAAGCCGUACAGAUCCGGUGUUUCCUGUCCAAAUCGCGGUUCCUCAAAUCGAAUGAUAUCUUUAAUGUCUCCAAAAAGGCAACCAAAUCGAAAUCAAAUGUUACCGAUGAAUCACCAGUUGAUGCUAAGAAACCGGUAGAACAUUAUGUCACUAAAAUAUCUCCUACUCAUAAGCAGCCUAUUACCAACACUGAACAGCUUAUGUCUCAACAUGAGAAAAACCAAAAAUCGAUCAAUGCAACCAUUGAAUCCCUUAAACAGCGCAUCGCAGAAGAUCCAAAGAAAUUAGAAGAAACUUUGGAAGAGCUUCACUCACAGUCUCAAACCCCAAAGAAACCUACUCUUGCUGAUUUCAAAUGGCCAUUGAUUAAUACGUUCUUGUUGACAUCAAUAAUAUAUUUUAUCUUACAAUAUACCUGGGAAUACCUUGAUUUUGAGCAAACGGAGUUGGAGUAUAAGCAACAAAUUGAAGCUUUGGAACUCAGAAUUAGAGAAUUGGAGGAAACGAAUGAGGAAAAUCAGACUGCUUUGAAAGAACAAAAACAAAAGGAACUGGAAGCAUCGCAUGGUUGGAGACGUCUUUUUUGGUUUUGA